CGCAAACCGACCGAACCAAACCCGUGCGAGCGCUCGUCCGGUCACCGUGCCACAUUGAACGAACGCUCCAUUGUGCGUGGACGCAGGCGGAUCUUUUUGCACUGGUGUUACGGGGGCCCCCGGUCCGGCUCGGUCGCCGCCGAAAUGUCCGCAUAAGUUGAACGUACGGUGGUGGCAGUGCAACAGUUGGGGCGCUGCUGUUGCCCGGAGGCGGCACGAACAGGUAAAAACGGUGAUGAAUGUGGACGGUGCAUGUCGGCGCGCAGCGUGUUUUAUUUUAUUGUAUUUCGGCCGCCGGUCCCACGUCGUCCGUGUGUAACUUGCCCGACGUUCGGCAGUCGGUUGUGCGACAGUUUUUGCUUUUAAGUCGGUUAGUUGUGCGUGCAUGCGGCGGUCGAAAAAAUCUCCGUCGCGAUAAACCUAACUGUUAUCUGAUUGCGCACCCGUUUAUUUUUUUUUUUUGGUUUCCGUCCGUUUUUCCCGACCGACGUCAGGAUGGCACAGAACGGCGAUGCGAAAAACUGCGAGCGCAUCCUGGAGGCGAUCGACCAGCUGAGGAGGCGCAAGGCACGGCCGGACAUCCAGCGUAUCUGCAACUACUUGUUCCGGAGAUUCGCCAUCAAUUCGGCGGAGGCGAAGAACGAUCUGCAAUGGUGCGUCGACAACAAGAUCGUGCUGCGGGUCGAGUACAAGGGCAGCAUUUCGUACAGGAACGCGGCGAAGAAACUCGCAUUGAGCAACAAACAUCGGGACGCACAGGCGGCCGGCGUGCCCGACAAAAAGACGGUCACGAACAAUCGGAAGUUCGCCCAGUUGCUGACGAACGCGUUCGGCGAGCUGAUGUUGCAGGAACCGGAUUAUCUGGAGACCGGGGUGCCCGCACCCGAAAUAAUCGCAAACAUUUUAUCCAAGGACAGCGUGCGCUACACGAAAAAAUACAUCAGCAUCCUGAUGGACAAGGAGGUGGAGCAGGGCGGCCUGAUACGGAUGCCGGACGGCAAUUAUUUAAUGGGCCCGUCCAAGUUCGAUCGUGUCGAGACGUCGCAACACAAGAUUGCGGAGGCAACGUCGCCGCCGCAGCCGCCCCAACAGUGGCACGCGGACGACACGACGUUGACUAAUUCAAAUUUGAGCCACAUUACGAAUACCAGUCAGAGUGACUUCAACGACAGCAGUCCCAACGAUGAAACGUAUUAUUCGUCACCUCAUAUCGUCGUCCAGGUGAAGCAGCGCAAGAAACCGGGACCGAAGGCGGGAUUCAAGCGCAGAAAGAGCGCGGACGACACCAGGGACUCGGACGAUAGGCGGACGGACGGCGACCAUCCGCGGGUGGGAGGCAGACGGAAGAAGGUGAAAAAGGUGUUCGACCCAUCGGAUACGCACGUGCCGAAGAAACGGGGUCGACCGGCCGGCUCGUUGAACAAAUCGACAAUCGAGAAAAAUAAACUGCAACAGGGCAUCGGUGUGGGCGGCGGCGAGGAUUCCCGUCCCGAUUCGCGGACGUCGUCGAACGGACGCGAACAGGGCGGCGUCUGUUCGGUGUGCCACAACCAAAAUAAACGGGGGCCGAACGAUCGGAUGGUAGCGUGCAGGGAGUGCAGCAAUAAAGCACAUUUCAGUUGUCUGAAUGGUGACGACAUGAUGCUCAGAAUGUAUCCGGACAACACGUGGCAAUGUCCGCAUUGCAAGACCUGUGUGGUUUGCGUCGAGACUUCAGAUGCAGGUUAUUUGGUGGUGUGCUCCGUCUGCGCAGACGCAUACCACGCCGGUUGCCACCAGCCACCCAUCACGGAGAAGAUCAAGAACGGCCAGAGAUGGUUGUGCAUCAACUGUCAGAAGCCGGACGAGUUGAUUAUCAACGAUUUGCAAUCGAACCUAGGCAACCAGUAUCGCCAAAAGCAGUCCAACGGCAACAACAACGAUGAUAAUGACUCAGCUUCGGGUUCUGAGACGUCGACGCCGUCGCAGUACCGUUCUCCUGUGCCGUCGCCCACGCCGCCUCAACUCAGUCCUCAGACUACCGUCAAUGACACGCUGGGUAACGUCUCCGAUUCCCAAAGCAAGGACAGUGAUCUCGAUGAUCCGUUAAUCGAUCCCAGCAUCCCAGACGCGUCCAAUUGGACUUACGAUGAGGUUUAUCAGUAUUUCGCACAAUAUUUUCCCGAAGAGGCGAAAAUAUUCAGGGAACAAGAGAUUGACGGUAGAUCCUUGUUGUUAUUGAAGCGCUUGGAUGUGUUGACGAAUUUGAAUUUGAAACUCGGUCCGGCGUUGAAAAUCUACAGACAUGUGGUGAAGUUGCAGGUCAGGAGAGAUGACCCUAAAUUGUAUUGGCUGUAAUUUAUAUUUGAACUUGUUAUUAUGUCUUUCAUUUUCCUGAUACAUUAAUUAUCAGUUUACACUUAAUAUUAAUUCAUUGUUUUGCUUUAUAUUGGUAAUGUAUAUAGUCAUAGAAUUAUCAAAUUAUCAUGGCACAUUAUAUGUUUUUGUUAUA